GGAGACAGCAAUCCCGAGGAGAAGGAGGGUCCUCUUAUUGCUUCCUUCUUAUUCACAUCCCAACCCCAAACUCUUCCUUGCCUCAUCUCCACUCUCUUUCUUCUUUCUCUAUCUCUCUCUCUAGAUUUUGUUCAUGAACUUGUCUUAAAUUUCUCACUAUCUCCCAAAACUAAACAAAGAAACAAAACACAAAAUGGGUCUCACUUCUCUUCAAGUUUGCAUGGAUUCUGAUUGGCUCCAGGAAGCUGAGUCAUCAGGAGGAAGCAUGUUAGACUCUUCAACGACUUCUCCAUCAGCAGCCGACAUACUAGCUGCUUGCAGCACUAGACCACAAGCCUCGGCCGUGGCUGUAGCCGCGGCGGCUCUGAUGGACGGUGGAAGGAGGCUGCGUCCACCUCACGACCAUCCUCAAAAGUGUCCUCGUUGCGAGUCAACACACACUAAGUUCUGUUACUACAAUAACUAUAGCCUCUCUCAGCCUCGUUACUUCUGCAAGACUUGUCGUCGUUACUGGACCAAAGGCGGCACUCUGAGGAACAUUCCGGUCGGUGGUGGCUGCCGCAAAAACAAGAAACCCUCUUCCUCUAAUUCGUCGUCCUCCACUUCUUCCGGGAAAAAGCCAUCCAACAUUCUUACCACGAAUACCACUGACCUUGUGGCUUUAGCACAUUCUCAUCAGAAUUACCAAAAUGCCUCUCUCGGGUUUUCGAAUUUUGGUGGUAAUGGGAUCAUGGGGUCUUACACAGCUCCUGAUCAUAGUAACGUUGGUUUCUUGGAGAGCAAGUAUGGCGGUUUGCUUUUACAGAGCCCUAGACCUAUCGAUUUCUUGGACAGUAAGUUUGAUCUCAUGGGAGUGAACAGUGACAAUCUGGUCAUGGUUGAACAUGGAAGUAAUGGAGAUCAUCAUCAUCAUAAUAAUCAUCACAUGGGUCUAAAUCACGGGCUAGGUCUUAACAACAACAACAACAAUGGUGGAUUUCACGGGAUUUCUCCGGGAAGCAACGGAAAUGGUCUCAUGGAUAUCUCGGCAUGCCAGAGACUUAUGCAAUCUAAUUAUGAUCAUCAUCAUUAUAAUCAUCAUCAUCAAGAUAACCAAAGGGUAACAACAAUAAUGGACGUGAAGCCAAAUCCAAAGCUGUUAUCGCUUGAUUGGCAACAAGACCAGGGUUACUCCGAUGGUAGCGGCAACGGAGGCGGAGGAAAACCUGACGGUGGUGGCUAUGGUGGUGGCAGUUAUAUCAACGGCUUAGGUUCGUCGUGGAAUGGUUUGAUGAAUGGCUAUGGAUCGUCUACUAAAACAAACUCCUUGGUUUAAUAAAUUAAUCAGAACUUUUUUCUUAUCUUCAUCGACAAGUAGUAGUAGUAGUACUAGAGAAGCAAUCAAAUUAUAUAUGUGUUUGUUUGAUUAGUCAGCUUUACUUUCGUAAUUGACUGCAAAUUAAUUACGAGAGUGAUAUUAAUUACUAGUAAUCUUGAUUAGGGUAUUCAGAAAGAGAUUUCGUUUUCUGUGUGUUCGUUUGUUUGAGGUGUAAUGUUUCUUGAUAUAUAAGUACUGAUGCCAUUCUACUUUGGUUAAUUUAGUUCUAUAUUACUUUAAAU